UUUCCAUUGUCCUCCCCUCCUGUUUAUACACAAAGACCCCCGGUCCCCUUUCCCCUCUCUGUCUGCCUGUCUCCUCCUCCUCCUCGCCCUCCUCCUCCUCCGCUCUUUCUUUCUCUUCUCUCCCUUCUUUUCCUCUCUUUCUUUUCCAGCCUUCCUAUUCUCUCUUCCUUCCUUCCUUCCCCCCCUCCUCUCCCUCUCUUUCCAUCUUGGGUUAAAGGAUUUGAGCCAUGGGGCUGGAGGUGGAGCUGGGCAGAAGAUUUAAAAAAGCGGGUGUGAGAAGGGAUUGAGAGGAGGAGGGGGGGAGGGAGGGGAGGGAAGGGACUGGCCAACCAAACCCUCCCUCUCUUCCUUCCUCCCUUCUUUCCUUCCUUCCUUCCCUGGCAAGGCAGCCCUGACUCAGAUCCUCCGCCCGAAUCUCCUCCCUUCUUUCUCUUGCUUUUGGGGGACAGAGAGUGAGUGGCAGGCAGGCAGGAAGGAAAGAAAGAAAAAGGAACUUCUCAACCAUCGCCACUUCUUCAUCCCCAGACAUGGACCCCGCGGAGGACCCAGCCCACCUUCUGCCCCACAUCUCUUGAUCGUUUUCUGCCUCGUUCCUGUGAGUCCACGCUGUCAAGCAAAGAUGUCGAUUCCCGUGCUGCCAGAAUGGAAACUCCAGUUGCUGGAGCGCCGGCGGAAAGAGGAAGAGGAAACCCGCCGCCGGGAGCGGGAACAGCUAGACCGCAUGGCCAAGAUGCCCGCCUGGAAGCGGGAGAUCAUCGAGAGACGGCGGGCCAAGCAGGGCUCCAGCACUUCCUUCUCUGAGACGGGCGGGUUGGGUGGGACUGAGAGUGGGGCAUCCCCUGCACCUGCCACAGCAACACCAGGUCUAGGCAGAGAACUAGAGAGUUCUGUGCUGCAGGAGAAGAUUGGGCCGGUCCACCAGAACCCUUUCAUCCAACUGGAGAAGCGCCGCUACAAGGAGUCUGCCCCAUCAGAGAGCGACCUUGCCAACGUCAAGGCCAAGCAAAUUGUGGAUCUUUAUGGGCAGAUCCCUGGCGUCCGCACCCUGCGUGCUGACAAUGUCAUCAUUAUUGAGUCUGUGCCAGGGGCACCACCAGCACAACUCGCCAGCGAUCGACACACAGGGGAAUCCAAAUCAGGCAGCGUCGAAUCCCUGAACGAGCUCUUGGCACGGCGCGGGGGUAGCGUGACGGAGAUCCGUGCCGGGGAGGUCUUCAUCGUAAAGUCUGCUUUGAGCCGCAGUGUGGAGGACCUCAACUCUGUCGGCAGGGCUGAGUACCGAGCAUCGCUACCAGAACAACGCAGAGGACGGGUGAGCAAAUUGCUGAGCCGAUUCAGCCAGGAGGAGAGUGGCGGGACAGUGUCACCACGUCCGGUGAGAUCCCUUAGUACCGAGAACCUGACAGACAGCAACUACGUGGCGAGGAAGGCAGGACACUCACGGGCAGACAGCAGUCCAACUUGGCAAUACCACGACAGCAUACCCAGCCCUCCCCGUGACCUGCCGGGACUAACCCCUCCGGUGCCCUGCACUGUGGCGUCUUAUCGCAGCCAGUUUGAAGCCAAAUCUGGCAGUGGGGAGGCCUGGCCAGACAGCCCUCCGAGACGCUCACCAACUGGCAAAGCUUGGGGAAGGGAGGCAGCCUCUCCAGAGAGAGGAUCCAAACUUGAGAGCAGCGAUUCGGAAGCUUCUUUUGAGAUCCAUCCUGUGCCACCUCCGACCUCAGUUGCAGAAGACGAUGUCCAGGGCAAAGCCCUGGCCAAUCUGCGCCUCCACUCCCGGAACUCCUUUAUGGUGGUGCCGAGACGGGGCUCGGCCUCCCCUCCUCCACCCUCAGAAGCCAAGCAGGAAACCACCCCUUCCCCACUUCCUCCUCCUCCUCCUUCUGUCAAGCCCCCAACCCCCACUUCCUGCUCCUCGCCCAGUUCUGAACAACUUCUCCUGGACUCUGAGGAGCCACCGGAGGCCGAGGCCAUGAGACGCGUGGUGGGAGGAAGCAGCGGCAUGAAGGAGGACGUCAGAGUGGGGGGCUUGGCCCGGGCCUCGUCCCCCCACCCAGCCGUGCAGCGUCGCAGUGGAAACACCAUCACGAUCAAUCCCCGCAAAGCCCCAGUGGCACCUGUCACCACAGCAGUCGAGAAUGGCAUUGAGAGUGACGGUCCCCCCAUCACAGCCCCUGUAAAGAAGCGAUACCCCACAGCCGAGGAGAUCCAGGUGAUCGGAGGCUACCUCUCACUGCAGAGAUCUUGCCUUGCGAAGAACGACCCACACCGGAAAAAGCUUAAGAUUUCAUUCAGUGAGAAUCAACUGGAGAGGACCUUCCAAUAUCCAUCGGAGGGCUCGCUGUUGGAGGAGUUUGGGCCUCCUGAGGAGUCAGACUCCCUGACCUGCACCAAUACCCAUGGGGAUGAGGAAGAGGAAGAAGAGGAUCUGCUGCUGCUUCAUCGUGGCCUCCCAGGGCUGCUGAGGACCAAGCCCCUCAUUGUGGAUGAAUCCUGUCGGCGGUAGCCCUGUGCAUCUUCCUCCGUCGCUGGGAAGGGUGGCUCACACAUCAAUCUUCAUUCUGAAUUCUUCAAUUGGACCUUAAUUUGAUUCCAUCUUCCAGUGACUGCAAACCCCAUGGAAAGAAGCAGGGACCAAGAAAGACUGAGGAAUCCUGCCCUAGGGCUCUGGAUGCAUUUAUUCCUUUGUGAUGAGAGCAACAAUUCUGAAAAUACCUUUCCCUGUUUGGUAUUUUUCACUUCUGAUGACUCUGGCACUGAAAACAGGACCUCAGAGACACCCCACUCCCCAAGACUAUCUUGAAUAGAGACUGCAACAUAACCCUAGGAGAUGCUGCCUGCUCCCAAUGGUAGAGAGGGGCUCUCGGCCACACGGGUUUGAUCCAGGGACUCCUUUUCCUGUCCCUACACACUGCCAGCCAACACAGAGUCCGGUGCCAACAGCAGCUUAAAAAUAUACCUUUUUACCACCAGCAGGGAGAAGCACUGAACUUUCUGGAGUUGGCUUUUUCAAACAAGGGCUAAUGUUGUUAUAUCUUUUUCUUCCUGCUAUCAUCUAAAUCACAUUUGAUACUCCCAUUGGGCUGAGUGACUUUCUGUAAUGCCCAGAUCUUUUUUUCUUUUUUGGCAAAGAAUAUGGGAAUAUCAGAGGUUUAAAGAGAGUGAAGUAAAAACAUUUCUAAUAGCGGCCAUAUGAGUGAAGGGAUAGUAGAUGUAGCGGGGUCUUUAGCAUUAAGAGAAACACUUAGCUUGCAUGUGGCAUAAAAGUAUGGAGGAGGGACGAGGGACUUCCGAUUGUUCUCGCUCUUCCUCUGUCAGGAACUGCCAUAUAAAAUCCAGAUUAUCUGAUAUGAACUGGAUUAUAUGGCAGUGUAGACUCAGAUAAUCCAGUUCAAAUCAGAUAAUGUGGAUUAUCUGAUUUGAUAGAUAAUCUGAAGGGGCCUCGGUCUCUAAAUCAGUGUUUCCCAAACUCUGGUCUUUCAAGUGUUUUGGACUUCAGCUCCCACAAUCCCUGAUCUGUGGUCAAAACAGCUGAGACUUCUGGGCAUUGAAGUCCAGCCAUUGCUCUGAGCCAUUCUGGAGAAAGGCAGACCAGUUUGGUUCUAGUUCUUAAAGCAAGAGCUGUGAGUAGGCAUGCGACUGGGCAAAACAGGGAGGGUCUCUGGGUAUUCUUAAAAUAGGAGCACUUGGUAUUAAAGCAUGGAACUGGGGAAAAUGGGAAACAGCUCUCUCUGCAUGUGGGUAGAGCUAGUCGCCAUUUGGGACUGUUUAUCCUGCCUUCUUUUUUUUUGUUUUUUUUUAAGGCAGAGAUAGUUGUGUUAGUGACAGCCAGACAUGUUUUUGGAAGUAUAAAAAGGGGAGGCAGGAGCAUGUGGAGAUGAUCCACAAAGCAGGUGCCAGAGGAAAGGACAACUAUCUGUUUUAAUCAUGUCUGUUUCCUGUUCAGGGUUGAGAUUUCAUGUGCGAUUGGAUGAUGACCAAAUGGCACGAGAUUGGAUGAAUAGCACCUGGCGGACUGUUAGAAAAUGAAGUGAUAUUUUGACAUAUAGGUGUUUAUAUAUAUAUAAAUCCUGAUGAGUUACUUGCCAUUCUUCACUGCAUAGUAUUUUGAAGUGUGUCAAAGCCGAACUAAGACUGGCUUUCCAGAAAUGGUGGAAUGAAGAACAAUCAGUUUCAAAAUUCAGCCAGCCGUUCACAUUUGCAGGGGUUAGGGACACAGCGCCUCCAUUAUAGUAUUUAUUUAUCAUGUCAGAAGCAAAUUGAGAAUACAGUUAUAAUGCAUUAAAAACACAAAGUUAAAAACUUGGUAUUAUACUAAAUUUUCUUUGCCCAGAAACUAGCCAUUUGGAGUGCCUCUGGUAUUGCUGUAAGAAGGUCCUCCAUUGUGCUUGUGGCAAGGCUCAGACUGCAUUGGAAUAGGUGGUCUGCGGUUUGCUCUUCUCCACACUCGCAUGUUGUAGACUCCAUUUGGUAGCCCUAUUUCUUAAGAUUGGCUCUGCACCUCAUGGUGCCAGAACGCAGUCUGUUCAUCGCCUUCCAAAUCACCCAGUCUUCUGUGUGCCCAGUGGGGAGUUUCCCAUCUGGUAUCAGCCACAGAUUGAGAUUUCGGGUUUUAGCCUGCCACUUUUGGACUCUUGCUUGCUGAGGUGUUCCUGCAAGUAUCUCUGUAGAUCUUAGAAAACUAUUUCUUGGUUUAAGGCAUUGGCUUGCUGGCUUGUAUCCGAACAGAUGAUGGGCCGGAGAUGUCAAUGCUUUGGUCCUUUCAUUACUGGCUGCUACUUCCCAAUGGAUGUCAGGUGGUGUAAUACUGGCUAAACAGUAUAAUUUCUCCAGUGGUGUAGGGCAUAGACAUCUUAUAAUUUUCUAUUAUAGUGAAAAACCGUGAAUAAAGAAAUUGCUAUUUUAUUUUAUUUUUUUACUGAGAGACCACCUCAGGAGUUUUUAGGUCUUCCAGCAUUACUCUGUGGUCAACUUCUGGUGGAAGCUGGCACUGGAGGACCUAGAGUUUCUUAGAGAGGUGUGCUUUCUAGAAAUCUCUAGGUCUUCCAGCAUGACUGGAGGAUAUUGACCACAGGCUCAAACUGGAAGGCCUAGAGAUUCCUAGAGAAAACAUUUCAAAUAAAAUUUGUGAAGAAUCAAAUCCGCAAAAGUCAAGACUGCAAAUGUGGAGGAAUGACUGUGUUGACAACUUUCAAAACCCGAGGACAACAUUUUGGGAAAUCUCAGAUAAGAUAUCCUUUCAUCAGUGCGGGGCAGAUAGACUGAGUGACGGAAACGGGGGCAAUUCUCCAAAUUCCUUGGCUCAUCUGACUGGAUGCAGACAAAUGAACCAAGUAUGGUUGCUUUUGAUGUUUGUUUCUCAAUGUGGCACUCAUAUCUGUCCAAUGAAGGCAAUAAUGACAUAUGCUAAGAUGAACAGGGAGGCAAAGGCCACGUGGUGCAUUUUGUGUGCCAGUUUCCUUACGCAUUAUCAGUAGCUUUGGUUGGCUUGAAACAUAAGCACGUUAGGGCUCCACAUCAUUAGCCAUUUAAACAGGUGAAAGACAAGAAGGUGUCUUCAGAGGAGAACUGAAAGGAAGCACUUUUACUGUCAUUUUUGAAUAUUAUGUGGGAAAAUGGCAGGAGCCCAAAGCGGUGUGGUGCUUUCCCCACUCCACAGAAUGACUCUCGACUUAUCUAUGGUUCAUAUCAAAAACCUGUUCUCGACUUAUACAUGAGGUUGACUUAUACAGAAGUAUUUAUGGUACUCCUGGGAUCAUUCUGUGCAACUGACAAUGCAAUUUUUUAACAAUCGGCCACCUUGAAUGGGUAGUGUCUCUAAAUUCUUGAGUGGACAUUCCCCAUAUAAGCGCUCAGGUUGGAGAUAUGGCACACAACUCGUGUACAGGAAAAAUAUGGAAUGGGAGAAUGGAUUACUUCUGCACGUAUGAGAGCCGAAAAUGGUGUUAUGAGCAGAUGUUGAAUGGAUUGUGGAAUGAGAGGAUGGGAAGUAGGAACGAGUGGAAGUAAGAGGCACGGGUGGGAAGGAACGAGGCAGAUUACCUGUUCCUUCUCUCUUUCUCUUCCUUGCUAAUUUAUCUUGUCAUUGUGCAUCAUUUUUAUUAUCAUUUCCCCAUUUAUUUUGCACUGUGGGAUCAGCUAUGCCAGGCGCCCAUGGAUGAGCGAGUGAAUGACUGAAGACGGAGACCAUCUGUUCCUCUGAGGAGGAAAGGACAUUUGCAAAGAUCAGUGUAUGUGGGCCGAGGGCUGAAGCAGCUGUGUCCAGCCAUUUCCAUCAGUGUUUUUUAUAUGUAAUUAUUAUUGCUGUUGUUGUUGUUGUUAUUAACAAUAAACCAGAAUGAUGUUGCACGUUGAA